CUCAAUGUGCUGUCUGCAUUUAUCCAAGUCAAGAUCCGCUGAAAGAAUAUUUAAUUUUUUAGUUGGACUGAUCAAGGUCGAGAAAUGGUUGAACUUGGGCCAAGAUAGCAUUCAGCAAAGUGUUGAUUGCAGGAGAGAAAGGGGAGUGACUUUUUCACAUCAAACACCAACUGGCGAACAUAAACACUGAUGAUUAAGUGAAAACAACCUCAAGGCAGCCAAACACACCCCAAAAACUGCUUGCUCACCAGGAAUAAUUUCCACAUACUUAUGAAACUUGUUGCCAUGAACUCUUAUGAAUAGAUCUUGAGAAGUGGCAAUCACAAUGCCAGCCGUCAAAAAAGGCAGAGUGACAAAAACCGAGGCUAAACAGUCACCACGACGAAAAUCCACUCGACGUAGCUUGACAGGAAAGGCAGAUGAUGAUCGGAAAAAAGUUGCAGAUCCCAAGCCACUACCUCUGGUAGAGCGCACCAACAGUCUACCAAUCGAAGAAUUCACCUCGCUAUAUAUCAAUCCAGAGCUCCUUGAUUACGAUUUACUAUGGCGUCCAAAAGACAAAUGCAGUCCUUAUGACCGCAAUAAGUUUCACAUCAAAAUGCACUGCACCGUUGACGUCUACUCAUCCAGUACGAUUCCCGCCGACGUAUUUGAUGUGUGUUUCAAAUUCAUCGAGCAGACGUCGGCAGACGCUUACAGGGCGUCCAGCUCGGGAUGGUCUGCGGCUCGGAAGCGAAAAGAGAUGCGAUUGCCUGAUAUGAAAUAUCUUAUUCAACGACGCAGCCGGACAGGUCCACCUGAAGCGACCUUCGCGGACGGCAUAUCCUUCCAGAGGGGAGAGAUACUUGCGUUCCUUUCGUUUAUGGUCACGUACGAGGAUGGCAAGGAAGUAAUUUACUGUUAUGAGGUGCAUGUGGCCCCGAAGGCUCAGGGCCAGGGAAUUGGAAUGCGUCUGAUGAUGCUGUUGCGAUCAAUCGGGCUCAAGAUUGGCCUGGAGAAGGCUAUGUUGACCUGCUUUCGGUCCAAUCAUCGCGCAUUGCGGUUUUACAAGUCGAUCGGUUACAAGGUGGAUGAGAACUCCCCCAGGUCGAUUCUGUUGCGGACAGGAGAAGUGGAGCCUGACUACUAUAUCAUGUCUGAAUCUCUGAAACAGAAGUCGUCGCAUGAGAAUGAUAAUGUCUGA